AUGAGUGAAAACAACAUCAUAAUUGUUGUGACUAUGUUAUCAUUCGGCCGUCGACAUGACGACCAUAUCGAUUUCCCCUCGCUUCUAAGUCCUCAAGUCCCUCAAAAGAAUUUCAUUGUCAGAUUCAAUCUACAACCUCGAUUGUCACUCACCAGUAUAAUGUGGCAGGACAGUGAAGUUCGCUUUGACACAUCGUUAUCUGACAUGCAGAUGCGAUGUGGAGAGCUUCUUAUUGACAGACUCGAUAUGAUCGAGGAUACUAAGGGCAAUGCCGGCGACCAAGGACGACUUCUCGUCUCUAAUUUGCGAAUAAUGUGGCACUCCUUGUCAUUACCACGCAUUAAUUUGAGCAUCGGAUACAAUACUAUUAUCAAUGUAUCAACAAAGGAUGUGAAUAUUGUGCAUGGAGGAAUUGUUCAAGCCCUUCAUAUUUUAACAACAUUCAAAAAUUGUAGAUAUGAAUUCAUUUUCACCAAUCUUAAUAUCAAAAGUACCAGACACUACACAUCAGUCAUUGGAGUUUAUCGAGCAUAUACCUCCACAAAAAUGUACAGAGAAAUCAAGUUGAGAGGUGGAUUCAUUCAAAAUAAAAGACUGACAACAUUUCCAUUGGAAAUUGUUCACAGUACAAGUCCAGGCGUUUGGAAUCUGUCCACAGAGCAGGGAAAUGUAGGAACUUUUGUGGUAACCAACGUCCGGGUAGUCUGGUUUGCUGAUAUGAAUAAUCAAUUUAAUGUGUCUCUGCCGUAUUUAGUGAUGGCCAGCGUAAAUAUAAGAUCCUCGAAAUUCGGUCCGACCUUAGUCCUAGCAAGCAGUGAAUCUAGUGGUGGAUAUGUAUUAGGAUUUCGAAUUGAUCCGCUCCAGAAACUUCACAUUUUACAUAAAGAAAUUACGACAAUGCGAUCAGCAUACGAUAAAUCUCCGAUAUUUGGGAUCGAAUAUACCUUCGAGCAUGAGGGCAUAGCUGAUCCAGAGGUGAAGGAAGUUGAUACAAAAGAGAUGCAAGAGAAUGAAGACGAGAUAUCAAACGUUUUUGGAUUAUAUUUUACGGACGACAAUUCGAUCCAGAGAAAGCCCAACGUCUGCUCUCAUCUGGGACUUGCUGCUGAAGAACCACGAGAAGGAAGCUCCCUUCAAGGGCUUUGGGAACUUCUUCCAACCACGUGAUGAUAAUUAAAAAUCGAAAUAAGAAAAAAAUUGUUGUUACAUACUGACUUCAAUGGUCCGUGAGGAUGAUUGGGUAUCAGUGCCGUUCCCUAGUGACCUAGCUCGGUCGACAACUCGGAGGCGAUGAGUCAUUUUGUUCAUCACUGGAAUUCAUUCCCGAUUGAGU